UUACUUUUUGGUUACUUUUGCAUUACCCGAGGCUUGAUCUCUUUCAGAAACAUUUGACAGUGAUCGACAAGUAACUGAAGCCAGAAUCUCUGUCAGACAUCAUUUAAAGCUGCAAUCUAUCAUUUUUGGUUAAAAAUAAAGUAAAAAAAAAACCCUACAUAAUCAGUGUUGAAAUUUGUCUCCUACCACAAUUUACAACAUUACGUUUAUAAAAAUAAUUAAUAAAUUGAAAAAGAUGUGGGGUUGGAUUUCGCGGGAAAUGUCAGUUUAUGUUUCAACAGAGAUGGCGAUAGAGAGCAAAAGUUAUUGUUCUGUUUUAUGAGUUAUUUUUAUUGAUGAUAUUUACCGGUCAACGUACUUCUUUAUCUCCACACUGCAGAAACCCUGAAUGAAUGUGUGGUAUGUCUAUAUAUAAAUCAAGUAUCCAUCAUUUUCACAAAGGCUCGUCUAGGUGACAUCUGCUCAUACCCGAGACACAUUCCACCCUGAGAAUCUCUCCAACCACACCCCACAUGAAAUACUCUCGCCCCCCACGAGAGGAGAAAGUCAUUCGGCUGUCGGCUAUCGGGCCACAUGGUCUUGAAAACGAUGAGGUGAAACGCAACGCUAAGAUUUAUGUUUCAUGAGAUCAAGCUCACUUGGAUGUUUCUGACUCUAUUGUUGGUCUUCAAUAUUCAGCCUGGGAGUAAAGACUGGAUCUUACAAGUAAGAAUUGUGAGUCACGCACUCCGACUUAGAGACAGAAAUUCUCCUAGCAGCCCGAGGAGAAGUGUGAACCACGAAUUUAAAAACAGCAGCAGAUUCAAGAUUCAAGUCAACGGCCGAGUAAUAAACAAAGACUUCCUAGACGGCAUUUCAUUGUUGAUACACUGUUGAAUCAACAUCAAGGACAAGGCUGAAUCAACAUUGAAUUACCUUUUGAUUUUGCAAAUUGUAUCAACGUUGAAACAAGAACUGACAUUAUUUCAACGUUAAUGGUCAGCUGGGUUCAUCUUUCAAAACGCUUUGUUGUCAAGUGAGAGUAAACCUGUUGAUCUGAAUGAAUUUAUGCAAAAUAAGCCAAACGGUCGGAUUUGGUGAUUCAGAAAGUACCCAAGCCCGUCACGAUUACUAAUCUGAGUUCGCAACAAAGUUAACUGUCAAGCGUAUUGAUCAACUUAUUCAGGAAUUUCUGAUUUGACAAUUAAGGAAGUACAAGGCGACAAGCUAUGAAUAAUUCGGGUGGACUUUACUUAAACAGGGCUGCAGUGCUGUCUCCAAUAGGUGCUGCCCGAUUGUGUCAGCUAACCCUGGGCUGUUCAGUCAUCUCAUUAGUGAUCCACAGCGCCGGCUACAGCGCCACCUAUGGGACGUUCUGUAUGGCAGUCUGGUGUUCCUGCUUCGCUGUUACGGUAGCCAUAUUUGUGUUGGAUGUGACACGACUUCACGUGUGCCUUCCUGUGUCCUGGGAGAACCUGACUGUGACCUUUGCAGCUUUGGCGGUCCUGCUCACCCUCACGGCAUCUACCAUCUAUCCCGUCUACUUUCUAAGCCCGGAGUGCCCUUACAACAGCUGCGAGAUAAGGAACUUCCGGAUCGCCGUGACCACGUGCUCUUGGGCGUCGUGCGUUGCGUACGGAGUUGAGGUAUUCCUGUCACGUGCCAAACCGGGUCAUGUCGUGGGCUACAUGGCGACACCGUCUGGGAUCCUGAAGGUGGUCCAGAGUUUCACGGGUUGUCUCAUUUUUGGGUUGCUCGCCAACGGGAGUGAAUUUUCAGGGCAUGCGGCGACCAUCUACUGCGUGGCAGUGUUUGCGGUAUGCUUCAGCGUGACUGUACUCGUGGUGGCCCUGACCGUUACUGGACGUACCGCCGUUCUUCGGCUGCCCUUCGACCGGUUUGUGGUGGUGUACACGUUCGCAGCGGUGUUGCUGUACCUUAGCGCGGCCGUGAUUUGGCCCAUCUUCUCUUUUGACAAAAAGUAUGGAAAACCUUUCCGACCCCAGGGCUGCCCCAGGGGCAAGUGCUCAUGGGACAUCAAGCUCGGUGUGACUGUCCUGUGCUUUAUCAACCUUGCACUGUACAUCGCAGAUCUCGUCUGGUCCCAGAAAAUGCGAUCUGUGCGGCAUUACCCAAGAGUGUAGGGUGAACAUUAUUCAUUUAUAAAUAUAACUCGGCUGACAGCUCACUCCAUAUUUUGGUGGUUACAUGGUUUAAUGAUGGUAAAAUCAUUCAAGGCACAAUGUGAGAUUUUUACAACAUCCAGAAGUCAUUUUGUUUACAUUUGUACUCAAAACUUUCAAUAAUUUUUGAAUCUACAGAAAUUCACAGUUUUAAACCUCUUCUAUUGCCUGUCAAUGAUGUCAUGUCCCUGUUAUCCUUGGAUUUCACAUUUAUCAUAGAUGUAUUUAAAUUCAUGCAGCACUGCAUAAACCAAUCAGCAAUAAAGACAAUAAAAUAUCAUGAGAAUGUUUUGAAAGCAGUCCAAAACACCUCAUUGCAAAAGAGUGCAUCUCAAUAAAAACGCAAAGUAUUAUUUGUAGCAUCUCCCAACUGAAAAGACCAGUUAAAUCCAGCAUAAGCUGUUUGGGGGGUUAAGCUGGUGUAGCAGGCUGGUUUAAGAGGGGUUUUGGCCACUUUUAUAGCUGGUCAGACUUGGAAAACCACCAAAAUCUAGCUGACUCAUCACUUUGACCAGGCUGGGAGGACAAGUUUAAACUAGCUAAGACCAGCUUAGCUAAGCUUGACAUAAAGCUAUAAAGUGUCCAAAACUUCUCUAAAACCAGCCUGCUACACCAGCCUAACCAGCUAAAACCAGCCAAUCGGUUUAGGGUGGCUAGCAUGCUAGUUUUUUGUUGUUUCUAUCGAGCCACUCUGUUGGCUUAUGUUAUAACAUAUUGGUUAUAAAACUUUAUUAUUUCAUUCAUUAACAUCAUUCCAUGCUCCUUCAUACCAUCAUCAAGCUUGACCUUUGUUACUGUUUCUUGACCUUUAGUGGCGAAAAUUACAUACUGUGCCUUUAAGGGGUGGUUUCCCAGACAGGAGGUGUUUCUCAGUGUCAAGGAUGGAUCCUCGAAAGUCAGAAUUUCGAGGACGCUACGUCAUCGACAUCUGUCAAAGGACUGUUCCAAUGUCGAGGAUCCUCGGGAAUUUCAACCAAGGACUGAGUCCUUCGUUCGAAAAAUAUGCCAUAUACAGGAAAUGAUGCAUUUGUGUAUCCUAUGCGUUCUUCGCGCUCUCAAAUCACCCACAAUCCUAUGCGUGCAGCACUAAAAGCACACCUUUUUACUGACGUAAUGACGUAUCCUUGACAUUGAGAAACACCUAGGGUUUAUCCUAGUCCCAGACUAAAAUUUACACCUUGUCCUGACCAAUUUGUCUCAAGAUGCACACCAGUAUUGUUUUUUGUAAGGUAUGUUUAAAAACAUCUUAAAUAAGGCCUAGUCCUGGAUUAACCUAAACCCUCUCUUGAAAACCGCCCCUAUGUUUUUUUUAAGUAUAUGUUUUUAUAUGAAUUAUAUUUAAAUUUAUUUGUAAUUUUUCUAUCUUACUCUUUGAUUGUGGUCUACUUGUAUGAUGGUAGAAGUAAUCUCACAGUGCAGUAGAUUUUUUUGUUAAAUAAAUUUUUCCCUUUUGUUAAUUGAUGGACACAUGAUGAUUAUUUAUAGUCUAAGGUCUUCACAGGCUUUACCUCGUGAUGAGUUUGUAAUGAAGCGGUGACGUGCGGUGAUGUUCAGGUCUCCUGCUGCAGUUGUGAUCUGAAGCUCUUCUCCGUCAGCAGAUUCAAGUCUCCUGCAGGAGUGAAGCUCAAAGCUGCAAACUCAGCAUUUCAUCCUCACAUCUUCAGGAUCUGAUGCUCUUCUUGUGUGUUUCUUCCAGCGUUUGUGUUUCUUCUGCUCGAUCUGUCUGAUGUUCAUUUCAUUUCUACUGUGGGCUGAACAGAUGAAUCAGAUCUUCACCAGCUGUUUCGCUUAGUUGACUGUGCUUAUUUGUCUCUUUAAGUUACAGGACAUCAAAACAUCAAUCUUUCAUGAAACAUGGUAAAAUUGUAAUAUUUUUAAAAAUGUUUUAUGAAUUUAAAUAAAACUUACUUUCACAUGUGUGCUUUAU